CAUUGAAGAAUGGGCGCACUAUUCCCUUGUGGAAGCGCGCCUCUGAAGUUGUGUUGAACGACCCGAGUCCACAGUCGACUUCAAAAACUAGUGCUUUCCCGGUGUUGACCUCUUGCCCUUGACACACUAAAGGCGGAAAAUAUAUAGCAAGUAUGACCGUGGGCAGCGAGGGCGCGGAGCUGGCAGCCCUCGAGAGAAAUGCGGUCUGGACCAGCGGCUCGCAGGGAUACUUGGUCUCCACAACCUGGUGGAACAACUGGGUCGCCUACUCGGGGUAUGCCGGCCCCAGCGCGUCAACCGCUUCAAACCUACUUCCCAUCUCGGGCGGCGGGGGCCCGCGCCCUGGGUCCAUCUCUAACGCCGACCUAUUGCAGCCAGCGUCAAGCGGCGACGCGGCGCCGCCGGCGCUGCCCGGUGCUGGCUCUGCUAGCGCUCAGGACCCGGCGGACUUCUCCCUGCGGUCGGGACUUGUGGAGCACCAGGACUUUGUGGUGGUGUCAGAGGGAGGCUGGCAGAAGCUAACAGCAUGGUACGGCGGCGGGCCAGCCAUUGUGCGCAGCGUGGUCGCGGACCCUGCUGCGCCCGCGGCCACGCCAGCGACGGCGGUGGCGGCGGCUGAGGGCGUGGCCGCGGGGGCUGCCAGCAGCAGCCGAUGGUGUCGGCUGGUGCUGUACCCGCUGUCUGUGGAGGUGAAUUACACCGGACUGAACGGGAUGCCGAAAGUGGAGACCAUAACCUUGGACCCCGAGGCCACGCUGGCGACACUGAAGCAGCGGGCGUGCAAGGCGCUGCACGUGGCGGAGGCGGACGUGACGCUGUGGGACUACUCCGGCGGCGCGCCGGUGCGGUCGCUGGAGGAGCUGGAGGCAGCAGCAGGGGCCGCUACAGCUGCACAGGCUGCCGGUGCUUCAGCCGGCGCUGACGGCCCCACCAGCAUGGAGGUGGACGGCGGGUCAGGAGCAGCAGCGCCCGCGGCGGGCGGGGGCACCAGCAGCAACCCGGCGUUGUCGCGGCGGCUGUGCGACAUCCCGCUGCUGGAUGAACAGGCACUGCUGCUGCGGAGAAAGGACGCGGUGGAGAGUGACUCGGAUGACGGCGCAUGCGGCAGCGACAACGACACGGGCGCCGGCAAGCGCGCAGGCGGCAAGGCAGCUGGCGGCGACCAGGUACCGCUGUCCGCGGCGCAGGCGGCGGCGGAUGCGGCCCUGCGGCGGGUGAACGCUGCAGGUGCCAGUGGCACUGCCGGCGGGCCGGCGGCACGGACCAGCGGCGGCGGCAGCAACGCGUUUGGGGCCAACCGGUUCGGGUCGCGGCCCUCAUUUGAUGACAACGUGAACCUGCGCGACGGCCAACCCCCCGGCCUGGCUGGUCUGUCCAACCUGGGCAACACCUGCUUCAUGAACUCCAGCCUGCAGUGCCUGGCGCACGCCGUGCCGCUCAUGCAGGCCUUCCUGGGCGGAACAUACAUCAAGGACCUGAACCGCACCAACCCGCUGGGCAUGAAGGGGGAGCUGGCAGAGGCGUUUGGCAUGCUCCUGCAGCAAUUGUGGAGGGGGGGCGUGUCCUCGGUGUCGCCACGCAGCUUCAAGGCCAAGAUCGGCCGCUUCGCGCCACAGUUCAGCGGCUACGCACAGCACGACUCGCAGGAGUUCCUGGCGUUCCUGCUGGACGGGCUGCACGAGGACACCAACCGCAUCAAGACCAAGCCCUACUUCGAGACCAAGGACGAGCCGGGCCGGCCCGACGAGGAGCUGGCCACUGAGGCGUGGUCCCAGUACCGGGCACGCAACAACAGCCUGGUGGUGGACCACUUCCAGGGCCUGCUCAAGAGCGGGCUGGACUGCCCCAAGUGCGCCUACCACUCGGUGAAGUUCGACCCCUUCAUGUACUUGUCGCUGCCGCUGCCCGAGAGCCGGCGGCGGGUGGUGGAGGUGGUGCUAGUGCGCACGGACGGGUCGGGGCUGCCCACCCGCAUGGCGCUGGAGCUGCCCAGCGGCGCGGCGGUGGCGGACCUGCUCAAGGCCACGGCGCGGGCGGCAGGGCUGCCGGAGGAGUGCCUGACCUCUCCGGAGGCGCACCUGCUGGCCGCCCGCCCCCUGCGCGGCCUGCGCGGCGGGCCCAACGCCAACAGCGACGAGCUGGUGCUGAUCACCGACACCAAGGCGCGCGUGGCGGACGCGCUGGACGCGGGCGGCAGCGGCUAUAGCAGCUACAGCCUGCGCAGCAACGCGCAGCACGAGGGGCUUAUCGUGUACCACUACGCGAACGCGGCUCGCGGCCCCAAGGCGGACGGCCUGGCGCCCGUCAUCGUGCACUUCAAGCGGCCGGAGGGGCCUGGCCGCAAGUCCAACACCUGGCUGCUGGGCGUGUGGUGCGGGGCGCCGCUGGUGCUGUACCUGCCCGCCGACGCGCCGCCCUACGACCCCGACCUGCUGGUCAAGCUGGAGCCGGGCCACGGCACCAUCAGCGCCAGCCGCUCGGAGUGGGAGGUGGGCGGUAGCUCCGCCAUAGCGACAGCCCUGGUGGAGGUGCUGCUGCCCAUCCAGCGCGGCCCACUGCCGCCACCGCUUGGGCCAGGCAGUAGCGAUGGUGCAGAGGCCACGGAAGGCGCGGAGGAAGAGGCGGCGGCGGGCGCGACGGGCGCAGGGCAGAGCGGGGAGGGUGCCGAGGGGAGGGCAGCGGGCGUGCCGGCGGGGCCGAUGGAGGCUGAUGGGCCAGGGGCGCGGGCAGCUGCCGGUAGUGGGGUAGAGCAGAUGGAGGGCUUGGAGACGCCGGCUGCAGCUGCGGCGGCAAACGCGGCGCCAGCGGCAGCCGCCGACGGCGAUGCCGCGAUGCCGGGGACGCCGCCGCCAGCAAGCGUUGCGUCGGUGUCUGCGGCGCCCAUGGAGGAUGACGACGCAGCGCAGGCGCAGGCAGCAGACGGAGGCGUUAUUUUGUUGGGGCCGCCAACGGAAGACGCUGAGGCGGGGCCGGCUGUGGCGCCAUUCAACAUGUGGUCCGCGCAGGAGUCCCACCCCGCGGAAGGCUCCGGCACCGCCGCCGCCACCACCACCGGCCGGCCCGGCGGGCCGCCCUUCUCCCUCCGCCUUUGCAACGCCAAGGGCGAGCCCAUGCUGUGGGGUGGCUCCUUCGACAAGGAGAUCGACCCACAGCACCAGCGUGAAUUCCUGUGCAUGUUCUCAGAGGCCUGCGCGCUGCCGGACGGCGCGCCGGGCGCGGGGCCCUACGCCGCAGAGGCGCUGGACAGCCCUGACGAGCAUGAGUCGCUCCUGGCGCACCGGCAGCGCGCGGCGGCGGGGCCGCAGCCGGUUGCGCUGGAGGACUGCAUGCGCGUGUUCCUGCAGCCGGAGCGGCUAGACGAGAGCGACGCCUGGUACUGCCCCCGCUGCAAGGAGCACGUGUGCGCGGAUAAAAAACUAGACUUGUGGAGCCUGCCGGAGGUGCUGGUGGUGCACCUGAAGCGCUUCAGCUACACGCGCUACUCGCGCAACAAGCUGGACACGCGUGUGGACUUCCCGCUGCAUGGCCUGGACCUGGGCAGCUACGUGCUGCGGGCGCAGGGCGUGGCGCCGCUGUACGACUGCUUCGCCGUGUCCAACCACUUCGGAUCCAUGGGCGGGGGGCAUUACACCGCCUACGCCAAGCUGCCAGGGCCGCCGCCAGGCACGGCGGCGGGUGCGGACGGCGCGGAGGCGUCGACGGCGGGCGAGAAGUGGUAUUGCUUCGAUGACUCGCACGUGUCUGCGGUGGAGCCCGAGGCCGUGCGCUCAUCCGCCGCCUAUGUGCUCUUCUACCGCCGCCGCAAGGAGGCUGCAGCGGACGCAGCGCUGCCCGACAUGCUGCCACGGCUGGCCACUGAGCGGGCAGAGGCGAUAGCGGAGGCGGGAGCGGCAGCUGGGGCGGACGGGCGAGCGGUGGGCAGCCCUGGCUCGGGCAGCGACCGGCAAGCGGACCAGGACCAGGACCGGGACCGUGGGCCCGCCGCAGCAGCCAGCCGCCAGGGGCUGCUUGGAUCCGCGCCACGCUCCGGUCCCGUCUCCUUAGCAGAAGCAGCCGUUGCGGCUGCAAAAUCUCGGUCUGCGGCAGCAGCAUCCACUGCUGGAGGUGACGAGGAGUUGCAGGUCACCGGCCGCAGCAUGGCGGCCUUCACCUCGGGCGGCGGGGUUGCCGGUGCGGGCGGCGCGCGGCUUGUAAGUGCCGGUGCCGCCGGGCUGGGGCUGGGCGGAAACGAGAGCCCUGAUCUGUACGGCGACGACGGCGGCGACAACGAUGCUGUCGCGGCACCGUCAAGCCCGGUGCCACUGGGACACAGCGGCGCACACUUUGACCGGGACGAUUUCGGUGCCUUCGAGCUACCUGGGACAGCCGCAGGUGCGCGAAGCGGCGGAGGCUUGGACCCGGUGCUAGAGCGGCGGAUGGCGGCGCUGCAGCCACCGGGGUCGCCGACGGGCUCACGGUUGGGCGAUGGCCUGGUGGCGGCGCCUGGGUCCCCCGACAUGAACAACGGCGCCACUGACGACCUGUACGCGGAGCUGGACGCAAUGGACGUGCCGGCCGAUCGGGUGCACUCGGUGUCGGACAUGGCGAGCGCAGGAGGCGACGACGUUGCAGCAGACGACGUUGACGUGUAGCAGGAUACAGUUGAGAUAGAAAAAUGCAUGGCUGCAGGAGCGUUGCAUGGGUCGGUGCGUGACCGUGCAUUCUGGUGUAGGGCUACGAGGAGUGCAGCAGGGAGCGAGGUGUGCAGGUCCGUGAGACUGAGGUGGAAGGAACCAGUCGGGCGUAAAGAUGCAUGUAUAUUGGACAGCGACCCCUCAGUAGACACAUGCUGAAUAGUGAUUCAGCUUGGCAUGACUUGGCCUCGGACCCAUGCUCAUGCAGAUUAGGAGCUUCUUAGGAGUGAAUGUAAGGUCGGCCAGCAGGUGCUGCAACCAACCGCACGCGGACCGUGGCCGACCUGUUGCGCGCCCGGCCCAUGACUGCCGCGCUGCCGCGGAGAGUGCAGCGAGAGGACGACGGGGGAGGGAGCGAGAUCGGGGCGGGGAUCGAUGAGUGUCAGUACAUGGGUACGAAAGGCCACACCAUUGCGCGCACACCCGACGCCCGGACGCGUUCAGCUGCUGUGCCGCUUGUAACAGCAAAUAACG